AUGUCGACCGCGAGCCUUAAAAUUACGCAUCUUAAUUCAGUGCGCAAGCUCACCGUACCUCUGUCUAUUCAAUGGACUAAACUAGAAGAGCAGAUUCGUACUAUAUUCUCUGUCCCUUCCGGAACACCAUUUCUUUUGCGAUACCGGGAUGAGGACGGUGACUUGAUAACACUCAACUCCGACCUCGAGUUUGAACAAGUUCUUCGUUCAGGUGCUCGCGUAAAAUUCUUACUAACCUUGCCUCAAGACGAAAUCGAGCAAUCAAAUAUCGACUGGGAAAUUAGUUCAGAGAGUUCGGCUGAUACUAUUAGUGAAGAACCUGUCUUAGUGCAGCAGGAAAAUGAAAAAGAUGACGACGAGAUUGAAGAGUUUGAUAUGGAAUCUGGAGAUAGUCAACUUACAUUUCAAAAUGAACUGGUUGUCACGAUAGAUAAGAAGGAUGAAGAAAUGAGUGAGACAUCGAAUCACGAUGAAGUUGAAUCCGAGACAACUCAUGAUUUCCUUGACGUUGCCAGUUUGUUACACCCGUCAUUGGAACAACGAGAACCAGGGCAACGUCAAGAACUACAUGAACCGGUCGCUUGUCAUGAAUAUCUUAAGCAGAAAUCCAAUCAACAAAAACAACAGGAUCAAGAUCUAUCAUUUAAAGAAUUUUCGACUAAGGUCGAACAGGUCAUUCAAAAAUGCCAUAAAGUUAUUACCGACAAUCCAGAGAUGCUCGCCACAGCGAAUUCGGUAUUAGAUGACGUUUUGGAAAAUACCCCAAUGUAUAUCGAAUUUGUAUUGAAUAUGCUAAAGUCAGUAAAGAAUCAAGUUGCUAGCACUAAUUCUUCAAACGAUGCUUCAACUUCUCAACAUGACCAAGAUGGGAAUCCUUCCGACAUGCCCGGUAGCUUUCCUAAUAAUUCUACACCUAUAUUCCAAUUUUUACCCGGAAAUCACCAUCCGAUCAUUCCAGCAUCACAUACAUUGCAGAGUCUCCCACCACCACCUCUCAACCCUCAGCUUACUUUGCCAAAGCCGGUCACUUCUCUCCCACCUUUUCCUGGUAGUUUUCCAUUGACAAAUAAUGAGAGUCAGGAUUCAAAUUCUACUUUCGAUCGCUAUUCUGGAGAAUUAGAAUAUCUUCAUGAGAUGGGUUUUACGGAUAGGGAGCAAAAUCUCAGCCUUCUUUGGCAACAUAAUGGUGAUAUAGAAAUAGUCAUUGAAAAUAUCAUAUCUCAAAAGGACAGCGUUGGAUCUUCCUCAUCUGCAUCACUUUUCUGUCGACGAGAUAGAUCAAUACUUAACCAACCAGAGAGACGUAGAGGGAUGAAGCCAUAUUGGCAAUGGAACAAUGACAAAGAGAAAGACUCCUGCUUGCGAAGGGACGAGAAUAAUGAACGAGUAACUUCAACAUCUUUUCGUCUUCCUAGCAUUAAUGUUGCCAAUGAUAGGGGGCGUUUUCCUCGGCAACGAUUAAGGCACCAAAGAAUCCCUGAAGUAUUUGAACAAGUGAGAUGGGAAACUGAAGAAGAUAUGCCGCAAAAAUCCGGAAUGUAUGAUUAA